AUGGUUCUUGCAAGAGCCACAAGGACUUUUGCCAUUAUAAAAUGUGGAUCAUGUCUCUUUUUCAUUCUUAGUACUUCCAUUUUUCCUUUGCGUGCAGGGCUAAAAAUCCGUGAAGUGAUGAUAAAUGUGUCCAGACAGCAGGUGGAGGACUUCCAUGGACCAGAGGACUACUGGUGUCUGUGUGUUGCCUGGAGUCAUCUGGGCACAUCCAAGAGUCGCAAAGCCACUGUCCGCAUUGCAUACCUAAGGAAGAAUUUCGAGCAGGAGCCGCAGGGGAUGGAGGUGCCUAUCAAUGGCAUGAUUGUUCUCCACUGCCGCCCACCUGAGGGAGUGCCUGCAGCUGAGGUUGAGUGGCUGAAGAAUGAAGAGCUGGUGAGUACUAUUGAAGACAUGAAUAUCGACACUCGAGCUGACCACAACUUGAUCAUCAAUGAAGCAAGGCUGUCUGACUCUGGAAACUACACCUGCCUGGCCAGCAACAUUGUUGCUAGGAGACGCAGUGCCACAGCAACAGUCAUAGUGUUUGUGAAUGGAGGGUGGUCAUCCUGGACCAACUGGUCAGAGUGUAACGUCCGCUGUGGUAGAGGAGUUCAGAAGCGCACACGGACCUGCACUAACCCUGCUCCACUUAAUGGAGGGGCUUUCUGUGAAGGAAUGUCCGUUCAGAAGAGCACCUGCACGUCUCCGUGUCCAGUGGAUGGUGGCUGGGCUGAGUGGACUAUGUGGUCUGUGUGUAGUUCUGAAUGUGAGAGGCAGCGCACUAGAGAGUGUACAGACCCGGAGCCAAAGCACGGAGGCAGACUUUGUGAUGGAGCCGCCCUGGAUAUGGACAACUGCACCGGAGACCUUUGUAUUCAAGACAGGAAGCUGCUCCAUGAUGUGAAGGUUCCACAAGCUGAUAUGGACAGCAGUAAUGAUGUAGCGCUCUACUCUGGCCUGGCUGCGGGUGUUGUAACUGUCAUCGUGCUGGUCAUCGCUUUAACGCUGUACCGGCGGAACCAGAGCGAGUAUGGCGUUGAUGUCAUCGACUCGUCUGCGCUGACCGGAGGAUUUCAGUCCUUCAGCUUCAAAAGUGCCAGGCAAGGUAACCCUCUGUUAAUGAACUCCUCCAUGCAGCCAGACCUGACCGUGUCACGGACCUACACCGGCCCCAUCUGUUUCCCUGACUCCAUGGAGAAGGAGCUCAUCCCCGAACCUGCACUCUUUGACCCCCUUCCUGACCUCAAGGUCAAAGUUCACAGCUCCUUUAUGGUGUCCCUGGGUGUGUCUGAGAGGGCGGAGUAUCAUGCGAAAGCACCUUCCCAAACGUUUCCUCGCGGUGUGGUGCAGGAGAUCGGAGGUGGUGGAAGCACGCUGGGUGGGAGAGGGAAGAACCAGCUGGCUCCCGUCCAGCCAGCUCUGGUCUCCAGUAUGACUCCUGGCAAGCGACCGCUCAGGACCAAUGGGGUGUUCGGGCACGGUGGAGGACGGCUGGUGGUGCCCAACGCAGGUGUGAGUUUGCUGGUGCCUCACGGUGCAAUUGAAGAGGACACAACCUGGGAACUGUACAUGAGCAUUACCCAGCAGGACUCCAGUGCUCUGUCUGAUGAAGGUCAGGAGAUACUUUUGAGUCCAGAAGUAACGUACGGCCCCCCUGGCCUGACCCUUUCCUCCCCUGUUGCCUUGACAAUAGCCCACUGUGCAGAUGUGAGUUCAGAAGACUGGAAUAUCAAGCUUAAGAGACAAACCCAGGACAACAGCUGGGAGGAGGUCAUGACUGUAGAAGAGGAGAGCACCACUUGUUACUGCCUGUUGGACACUCAGUGCUGCCACCUACUGGUGGAGACGCCGGGGUGUUACGCUUUAGUGGGAGAGGCCCUCACACAGGCAGCAGGGAAGAGACUCCGACUGGCUGCGUUUGGAAACAUGGAGCCCAACUUCCUCAACUAUAGCAUUCGAGUGUACUGCGUCAAUGAUACACCCCAUGCCUUUCAGGAGGUGGUAUCCGUGGAACGGGGUCGAGGGGGGCGCCUCCUGGAGGAACCCAAGACCCUGCUCUUCAGAGCGAAUUCUUUUAGCCUGCAGGUCUCCAUCCAGGACAUCCCCCAGUUCCUGUGGAGCAUCAAACCUUUCACCACCUGCCAGGAAUUCUCCUUCUCUCAGGUGUGGUGCAGUAGCCAGUCUCCUCUGCAGUGUGCCUUUUCUCUGGAGCGCUACAGUCCAGCAGCCAAUCAGCUCUCCUGUAAGAUCAGUGUUCGGCAGGUCAAAGGUCAUGAGCAGAUACUACAGGUCUACACCACCAUUGCUGAGAGUGAAAAAGACACAGUGCCAUUCUUCACACAAUCAGACUGUACCAUCACCUCCCAAACGGGGUCCAGGGCCUUCAAAAUCCCCUUGUCCAUUCGCCAGCGAAUCUGCGCCACCUUCGACACAGCAAAUGCCAAGGGCAAAGACUGGCAGCUCUUAGCGCAGAAACUGCAUAUAGACAGGAACCUGGGUUAUUUUGCACGCCAGACGAGCCCGUCCGCUGUCAUUCUGAGUUUAUGGGAAGCUCAGCAUCAGGAGCGGGGUGAUCUGGACUCUUUGGCCAGCGCUCUGGAGGAAAUCGGCAAAGUUCAGUCCAAACACUCCACCAGCACGGACACUCUGGACCGCAUCAGCAAAACCAUCCCCUCCAGUGACUCCAUCAUGAACCGCAGCAGUGAGGAGCUCGACGCCAACCACACCUAAGAACAGUUUCAUUGGAAAUUAAAACUAAAACUGUGUCCUUAUUGGAGAUUAGAGGGUACAACAAAGGGGGAGAGGAGGGGGAACUUUAAGAGGUUGCAAAGCCCUGCAAAUAGUUGCUCCUCCCUCUCCUGGACUGAUAAAAACAGGGUGUUAAAGAUGAGUUGUUACCAAAUAGGCAAGCUUCAGUGAUUCACAGAAACUCUCACACACCGUAUUCCUAUCAAGUACCCUUAAACGCAUCAGAACAAACUGACUUAUACACUAAGCCUGUCUGAUGAGAAUUUGCAGCUAAAGAUUGUGGGUAUGCUUUCGCGAUCACUUGUUUCCGUAAAGGCAGACUGAGAAAGUUCAACAGCCCCAGACCGGGGCUGCCUCGAUGCUUCAGAGUGUUGAAGAAUGUGUCGUUGUUUUUGUGGGACACUUUUAUUUUGCGUCUUUCUGUUCGGAAACCACAACGGUUGUCUGCAUUUCUGAGUAACUUUCUGAUUGCAAAUAGAUAAAAAAUAAAAAAGCAUCUGUAUUAUUGAAUACUAUUAAAGCCUGUUGGAUAGCAACCAGUGUAAACUGAAAGAUGUACUCAAAGAUAACCAAAACAAAAUAUUGUUAUACGUUUACUUUUGCAGCCUAUCAAAAUAUAUAAUUAUUAUUGCUGUUAUUUUUUGUCUGAAGGAGGGAAUAUAAAAGAAGAAAGAAGAAAAUGAUAAUGCUUAAUAAUGACAAAGUGUGAUUAGAGGUAAAGUUUUUUUUUAAAGGGAUGCUUCACCUAAAAAAUUUAAGAUUCUUCAAAAUCAUAAAAGUGCUUCUUGUAACUCGUCACCUCUUCUAAAGCGAUAUCAAAAUUAGUUUUUAUUCCUCAAAAGAAAGAAACUGUUAGAAAUGGGUUUUGAACAAAAAAGGGUGAACAAAUGUUGACAGAACUGUCAUUCUGGGGUAAACUGUCUUUUUAAAUGUCACCUAGCUGACUGCUGAUUGGUCAGAAUCCUUCUUUAUUAGCCAUCUCUCAAAAUGACGAAUGAUGGACAGCUGUGUGUAAAAUUCAUUGGAUAACCUGGUAAAAACCCAUCAAACAUAUUUUGACAGAAACCUCUGAUGGUUUGAUCUAAAACACACAUUCAUAUUAGCAUCCGAGAGGAAUGAUUCCCAUGUUUUUUUCUUUUUUUUUUUUCUUGUUGUUUAAUCCUUCCAUUAAAUACAUCCAGUACCAGCAUGUGAACUCAUAUAUUGACCAGAUGGGAUCAAUGCUAACCUCUGAAAAGGCAUUUCAUCUCACCUGCUGGAAAACUACAAAACGCUGACAGGUGCACACGCAUAAAUGCAUAAUAAAGCAUAGAUGUAUAAUCAACCAUGUCGGAACAUAAAGCUUACAAUAUCUGCUGCAUCUCAUCCCAGGUAAAGAAUAUCACUUCAUCUGAGUUUGAAAGAUGAGCUGUGCGAGAGUGUGUUGCUAAUACUAGAUUAGCAUACAACUGUGUGAAUAUGUGAUGAAAUAGUCUGUUGCAUCAGACUGUAAAAAGAGAUUGUGCUAAAUUAACAAAACCUUAUAUAUGCCAUGUCUGAGGUAUAUUAGGGAGGGAAUGUAAGGGGAGGGAGGACAUGAGAAGGAAACAAGGAAGAGAGAUGAGAAAGAGGAGAAAAGAGAGGCCAAAAGAAAACAUAAUGACUGAAGAAAUAAGAAAAUUAAAAUGAGGAUAAGAGAUUUGAAAGGGGAGAGAGGAGGACAAAAAAAGAGGAAAUAUUGAGGUAAAGGGAAAGGAAAAGAGAAGAGGAAAUAUGAAAGGGGUGGAGAUGAAAUAAGAAAGGGGUAAAAGAGCAACAAGAAGAGGGAAAAAGUAAGGGAGAGGGAGAAAGGAAAAAGAUGAGGAACAAGGAAAGGACAUGAUGCCAGUUUUAGUGAUAUGAAUUUGCAUCCAUAUCUGAGCAUGUGCAAACGGUACAGUUAAAAGAAUGAUGCAGAGAGCUCUCAGGACUUCCACAUGUAAAAUGUGUGAGAAAGAGAGAGAAACAGAAAUGUUCUGAUAGAUUUCAUUUGAAUAAAUGAUAUAUUUACUGGCGG